CCUGCGGUCAAGUAGUCUCCUCUCCUCUCCUACUUCUCUCUCCACAGACACUCUAGUCUCCCUCCAGCUCUACGCAAUCCACACUCUUUUCAGUACAAUAUGUUCUUCAGCAAGCUCUCCGUCAUCGCUGCCCUCGCCUUUGGCGCCUUCACCUCCGCCCGCCCCAUCGACACCCCGGUCGACUCCGUAGCCAACACCGUUGGUUCCUUUGUGAACAGUGUCCCCCUUCCCAACGUCGCCGGUGGUCUUGCCAACCGUGCCGAUGCUCCCCAGGGCCUUGCUGCCAUCCUCACCGGCUUGCAGGCGGACCUCGCCCCUGCGACUGACGCUCUCACCUUCAUUACUGCUCAGAACGCGACGGCGAACAACAUCCAGGGUCCUGUCCACGAGAUCGUCGAUACUCUGACCGGUGCAGUUACUGCCCUGAAGGGCCUUGUUGGCCAGGACGUCUCUGUCAUCCUCGCCUCCACGGAGGGCACCGUCCUGGUUACCGUGGAUGAGGUCGCUCAUCUCGUUGCUGGUGUCGUUGUCCUCGUGUUCAAGUCCGUCGGUGCUGUCGUUUCCAUCGCCGGCCCUGCGGUCGACACGACGGUGCAAGACCUUGUGAAGGUCGUCGGUAUCACUGUUGCCGAUCUCCUCUCGGUCGUCCUCCAGCUUGUCGGGACCGUCCUUACUGACCUCCUGAAGGUCCUCGUUCCCCUUCUGAAGGAAGUCAUCCCCUUCAUUCUCAACCUGAACCUUGCCGAGGUUAUCUCCAUCCUCCACCUCUAAGGAACAAGGCCGCUCUCCGUUGCCUUGUCCUUCCUUUCGAUCGGUGCUCCCAGAGCGAUUCUUACGAAUACGACUGUUCUGCUGAUGCUUACGAAACUGUUGUGUUCGAGCUCAGAUAUUUGGAGUAGCUAAUUCACCGCGGCGGCUAUACCCGGGUGCCUGUUCAUACCCUCUGUCUCGCGAGGCGGAGUAAUACUGGAGUCCCAUUCCUUAUCCUGAAUUGCGCGAAUGUGUGAUAUGGCUGACCGAUCGGCGGGGCCUGUGGCCUCCCCCAGACGUUGUGUUCUAUUUCUGGUUGUU